AUGGACAAUCUCCGCAGUCACAGCAGUGGUAGCAACAACACCAGCAACAGCAUUAGUAGCAGCAACAACAACAAUAGCAAUAGUAACAGCAGCGGCAGCAACAGCAGCAGCAACAACAACACCAACAAUGGGAACAGUGCAAUUGCCAGUGUGCACACUUCGAGUUUUACGCGAAUUCGAUCGACGACCCGUUCAACAAUGGCCAAAGCCACGGCGGUGCGGGUUUCGACCGGAAAAAAGUUCAGUCAACUGUUGAUCAUCACCCCGGCGGUGGCCAUCGACAACAACAAUGACGGGGGCUACAAUGGACCAUUCACUUCGCACGACAGUGGCUGCGGCAGCAGCGGGGCCGGCAGUGAUGCCAGCCUGGACGAAAGCGACGGAGGCAAUCCGGAACGAAUCCGCAGUGCCGCCGGUGAUAGGAAGAACAACAACGAUAAAUCGAAUCGGUUGAAGCUUCUGCCGAAGGCGGCCCGACAGCAUAUCGUUACCAAGGUGUCGUCGGUAUCCAUGGGUGGAUGCGGCGGCGGUGGUGGUGGCGGAAGAGAUGGCAGUGCUACGCAAUCGUGGAGAUGGUGCUCGAUCAUUUGUUCGGCGGUAAGAUGUUUCAGGGCAGCUACCCAUACGCGGCAGCAUUUCGGAACUAUUCAUUAUACGGCCAAUGCGGGCACAGUCGAUGCCGAUUUGGGACCCGGAGAGAGGAGUUCGGUGAGGAAUCCUCUGACUAGUGGUCGAAUCGGGUCGGGAGGGAGGUCUUCGUCCCGAUUUAGUAGCAGUCAUAUCUACGAAUACACUAUCAAGAGUUAUCGGUCCAGUCCGAACGAUCACGACCUUAUCAAUAACAAUAGCGGCAACCAUUCCGGGGGUGGCGGUGACUCGACCGAUCGAAGCAACAUUAUGUACAAGUUGUGA